GCACUGUAGCCUGUCCAAGUACACAUCCAAAACAAUGCAAUUUUGUCACUGACGACCGGCUUAAAAUUAAAGAGAACAGAUAGGUUAUCUUAGCACUUCCUUCUAUCUUCCAAUUGAAGCUACAAGCAGCCAAUCGGUAUUACAUACUCAAGCAGCUAUCAGUGAAGACCAAAACGGGUAUCAUCUAGAGGCGCACAGCCGAAGAAACCGAAAAUUAUAAUGGUGCAUAAACAUUCCGUCGCUGGCUACGAUGCAUUCGUUGCAUUUAUGAAAGACUUCAACGGAAACGGAGACGCGAUCAAUAUUCUUUUCACCGGUGCAAAGCUCGAUAACGGUGAGAGCUGGUGUAGCGACUGUGUGGAAGCGGCACCAUUCAUCGAAACUGCAGUCAACACGAAAGCACCAGAGAAUUCGCAUUUCAUUUACGUCGAUGUAGGCGAUCGACCAACAUGGAAAGAUAUGAACAACCCCUUUCGCAAGGACACCAAUACUCAUCUUUCGGUUAUACCGACGAUGAUACGAUGGAAAAAUCCUCAACGGCUGGAAGGUGAACAAUGCGCCAAGGCUGACCUGUUAGAGCUAUUUUUUUCGGAAGAUGACUAACUGCACAGUUUCGUACGAUGAUUUUGAUGAAUUUCGGUACAUGUACAUCCUUACAUUAUAUUAUCUACAAUAAAAACGUUUUCUUUUAGGUCCUGCAA